CAGACAAAGGAAGGUUGCACGCCAAUCUUCCCGCGUAUUUCACACUUCAAUCGCCUCGGCGGCGGAGUUUGCUUCUCUCAGCAGUCAAUCCAGGGUCUCGUUUACUGUCUUGUCUCUCGAUCCUGUCUCUUGAGUUGCUGAAUCGCCUCAUUUUUGUGUUUCGUUUUUCGGAUUAAAGUUAGAAGAAACUCGGAAUUCUGUUUUAAGCUAAAUUUGAGCUGAAAUAUGAGCAGUUCCAGAGAGGAAUCUCCCGAUUGGCUUCGCUCUUUCCAGGCACCGGCUGCAUCCCUGGUGUCAUUGUCUUCACCAGAUGAUAGCCCAUUGAGGGAAUCUGAAACCAGUUCGCCUCCUCUCGAGAAAGAUAUCAGUCAUGCCAUGCUUCCCGAUGAAAGUGCCAGCACUCCCCCUAAGAUUAAUUCGGAAAUAAAGUCUGUGAAAAAGCAGAUGAAGAUCGAGCAUGCGUUUUCCAGAAGGAAGAAAGCAGAUAAACCAGGGAACCAGAACGGGAACAAAGCUGACAGUGAAGAAACCUGUAAGAAUCAUACGGAGGAGACUCAGCAGGGGCUAGAUCAUUCUGUUUUGGUCCUCUCAUCAGAUUCUGAACCAUCCUCUGAUAGCAUGACGAGACCACCACUUAACAAGGCUACUGAAAAAGCUGAGGAUGAUGCUAUGGUAGCUGAAGUGCAAGAGAUUUCGGUUAAGAAGGGUCCAAAGGAAAAAUCUCCAGGGAAAGACUUGAAGAGCAAUCAAACACCAAAGAAAGAAAAUAGUGCUAAAGAAGUUGCGAAACAUGAAGAUAAAGAAUGCGAUGCAGAAACUGACGUGGAGGCAGCUUCAAAUAAGAAUAUUAAACCUUGUGUUUCUACUUCAAGAUUGCCUUUGGUUCUUUCUGAGAAGGUGAACCGUAAUAAGGCACUCGUUGAAUGUGAAGGGGACUCCAUAGAUUUGAGUGGAGACAUGGGUGCGGUUGGACGUAUAGUUGUCUCAGAUACAAACCAGGAAGUGUUCUUGGACUUAAAAGGAACCAUAUACAAAACAUCAAUUGUUCCGUCCAGAACAUUUUGCGUGGUUAGCGUAGGUCAAUCAGAGGCCAAGAUUGAAGCUAUUAUGAAUGACUUCAUACAGCUAAAACCGCAAUCCAAUGUUUACGAGGCAGAAACAAUGGUCGAAGGCACAUUGGAGGGAUUCUCAUUCGAUUCAGAAGACGAAGGCGAGAAGAAACCCAAGAACGGUUCGAUACCGAUGGAUAAAAGCGAAACCAACGAGGGACAAGCCAAAGGCAAAGCCCAGAAAGCAUCUGCUUCAGGAAAGAAGAGAGGAAGGCCUGCUAAGGAAAAAAAGGCUCAGCCGGCAAAGAAGGCACGAAGGCAAAGCACUGCUCCAAAGAAGGCGAAAGCCAAGAAGUAGCAAGUUUCAUCCUUCCAUUUUAAUUAUAAAAAAAAAAACCUUGGUUUAAGUCUUUUCUUCUUUGUUGAUUAUUGUCUGAUUACAUGAAAUAGAGGUACGUGUUAUUAUUACACUAACAAUACAAAUGUUUCUAGGAGCAUGUCUCUCUCUCGACUCUUUACUUGAAGAAUCUUCAGGUUCUAGGAUU